UUAACUUUGGUCAGCUGGGUUACUGUCGCUUUUGUUUACAUUUUUCAAGAGGGCUCUUCAGGCUUUUUGCAAGAGAAUACUCAUUGAGAUCCUGUGCUAUAAAUUGCAAUAGGAAUAAUGACGAGUCAAGGCAAAUUUCCUGAGGAUUUGUUGCCAAAAUGUUGGAGCGAUGAUACAAGAAUGGGAGUUCUAUUUUCACCUUUCCGGGAAUUGAGCGUAAAUCCCGAAAACUACCGGAGUAAACUAAAGUUCUGGAAGGAGAUGGUUAGUAAAUACUGUGAAUGGAGAGGAACAGCUGAGGUGACUGUACAGGACGUAGAAGAGACCUUCAGGAGACAUGAGAAGAAGCCCUAUUGUAUUCAGAAAGUGUUCGAGGAGAUGCUAGCCUCAGGCGAGAUUAAGCCCAGAGAGAGCUUCAUGGAGCCUCCUCAGACUACUUGGUCUGGAUGGGCAACGAAUCUAUUGGUGAAGGAGCCCCUAAAAUGGGGCGUUCAGGCUGUAAAAAGCAGAAUAUUUCCUUCCAAUUUUGCUGAAAUGGCUUUUAUUGUGCAGGAAGUUGUUGAGAAUCAAGCAACGAAACUGCUGAAAAUGCUUCAGAAUCGGUUAAUUUCGCAAUCUGAAGCAAUGCGAUUGGCUGAAGAAUCUCUGAGUCUAUCUCCUGAGGGAUUUGCUUUGGCCAUUCAUGCUCUCCUCUGUCAGCAAAAGGUUGCUACUCAUUGUGCACCGAUCGGGGAAAGUGAGGAAGUUGUGCUGAAAUUUGCAGUUUCUGGAGAAAAAAUUCAGGCAAUUUCGAAGAUUGAGUAUUCAAUCUAUCGGCUGGAGAUGAUGGAGCAGGAACUCAUGAAGAAGAUUGAUGCUCAGGAAGAGUCUGCGAAGCGGGAAGAAGAGAAGGCGAGAGAAUAUAUAAAGAAGUCCAACAGGAAUCUGGCCAAAUUCUGUCUGUCAAGGAGAAAUGGAUUCCUGAAGAAUUUGGAGAAACACACAAAAGCCAUCAUGAAUAUCCAGGAGAUGCUCUCUAAGAUCCAUGACGUCACGCUCAAUAAGAAAAUCCUGCAGACGUACAAAUUGGGCGGAAAAUCUCUGCAGGAUGCUCUGAAAAAUUCCGGUAUCACGGCUGAGAUGGUCGAUCAGACAGUCGAUGAGAUGAGGGAGGCUAUUCAGGUCAGUGAUGAAGUAGAAGCUGCCCUGGGCACGGAUUUGUCAUCUCCUGCGGACAAUGCUGAGCUCGAGCAGGAACUGGCUAAUCUCCUGGAAGAAGAUGCUGCACAGAAGAUUCAAGAUGAUGACAUUCUGAGGAAACUUGAAGCUCUGCGGAUUCCCGAGGGCUCCCCGUCUCGUACUCCCAGACAAACAGAAACGAGUCAGUAUUGAGGAGAAAAAAUGCCCCAUCCACUCUGACUCCCUAAGUGCCUCAAAGGAUGGUGUGAAAAUCUCUAGGAAAAAUUCAGAGUGAUAAAAUGCCAAGAGUUACGCUUCUGCUCCACGAUAAAAGUCUCUUUCUGUCGUUUAUGUUGUCCUUUUGUCCUCAAAUACAAAGCAUCACAUCAGAGUUGAUAAGUGACUCUGCAACUUUUUCCUAGAUAAAGAUAUCAAGAUGAGAGAUUUUUUUUUAUAUGUGCAGACUUUUGAUUGAUUUUUUUGUAUUUUUUUUAUUUUAGAAAUAUUCAAAUAAUUAUGUAUUAAUCUUUUCUGGAUUUAAAAUUUGCUUUUAAAAAUAUCAAAUAACAUUUUUUUUUUAAAUAAAUACAAUUAUAAAAUAUAUAGAUUUACUAAUGGUUUGGAAUUUUGAGUUUAAAAAAUGUAAUUAUAAACAUAUCUCCAUAAAAUAAAAAAAAACCUGGAGUUUGGAAUGUGAAA